AUGACAAAAAAAAGAGGAGAUGGAGUUAAGAGCAUAAGUUUUGUCCUAGAAAAGGAAUCGAAUAAUAUUAUGUUUGAUAAAAUUAAUGAAGAACAAGAUGAAACUGAAGAAGAAUCUGAAAUGAAUGUAGACGAGUCAAGUGAGAAUGAGUAUCUUGAAAAUGUAUCUGAAGAGAACGAAUCUGGUGAUAAUCAAACAGGCGAGAAUGAUUCCGAGGAAGAGGACUCAGAAGAAGAUGAGGAUUAUGAACUAAAAAAUUAUGGAAUAGCCCUCGAGUUACCUCAACGAAAAAAUCGAGGUAAAAAUAUGAAGAAACUUAUCGGUGAAGAUUUAGAAAAAGAUGAACAAUUUUGGAAUGAUAGCAUAUGGGAAGAAGAAGAAAUAGAUGAAGAAUAUGUGAAUUCAGAAGGAGAAGACGAAUAUGUUGAUAUUACAGACUCCGAUUUUGAUGAUGAUGAAGAUAAUGAAGAAGACGAAGAGGAAGAAGUUGAUGAUGAUGAACAAAACAAACGUGGUGCUCGUAGACAUAGUAUCGAAUAUGAAGAAAGGAAAAAUAAUAAUAAAAAAAAUUUUGCAUAUUUAGAAAAAUUAAAAAAAGAAAAACAAAACAAAAUAAUGAAAUACAAUUUAAUGAAACAAAAACAAAAUGAACUAAAAAAAAAUAAACAAUUGAUUUCUAAUAAAUCAAAAAAAUCAGAAGAUGAUGCUGAAGAAGAACAAAAAGAAGAAGUAAUUAAAACAAAAGAACAAUUAAAAGAAGAAAGAAGAUUAAAAAAAAAAAAAAAACUAGAACAGGCUUAUUUAUAUUUAAAUAGAUCUACUAGAGAUACAACAAGAAGAAAAACGGAAUAUAUGGAAAAAGUUUUUGAAAUGAGAAAAAUAAAAAAAGAGAAUCGUUUUAAAAAAUUUGGUGCAAGAAGAAGAGAAAAAAAAAAUAUGCAAAGAGAAAUGACAAGAGAAGAAAGAUUAGAAGAAGCCAAAAUUACAGAACAAUAUAAUAUCCAAUCCUUAUUACAAUUACAAGCAUGGGAAGAAGAAAAAAAAAAAUAUAUAGAAAAUAAAAAAGUAAUACAUUAUAAACCACAAAAUGUAUUUAUUAGUUUUAAAUAUUCGAAAGAUAACAUAUUUCCAACUAAUGAAAAAUUAACAUAUACUCAAAAUUUAUAUGAUUAUUACCUAUAUAAUGAAAAUAGGACAAUAAAGAAUGAUAUAAUGAAUCAAGUAAAAAAAGAAAUAAAUGUUAAUAUAAUUAAUAACAAACAAAUAGUAAAAGUUGAACAAGAAUUACAUAAUAAUCAUGAAGAAAAUAUAAAUAGUCAAAAGAAAAAUUCUUCUAUGUCAAUUAAUAUUCCCCCCCCAAUAAUUCCAGAUAAUAAAGAGAAACAAAUUAAUAAUGAUAAGAACACAAUUUUGUCAAAUCGAAAUUUAAAUGAUAAUACAAAUGAUUAUCCAAAUGAUUAUCCAAAUGAUUAUCCAAAUGAUAAUACAAAAGAUGAAGAAAAAAAUGGACUUAUCUUAAAUCCAAUGAAUUUGGAGAAUUUAGACCAAUGUGAAGAUUUAAAUAUACAAUAUCUAAGUCAAAUAGAUGAUAUAAAUUUUGAUAAUUUAAAUAAAAAUAAAUCUAAUAAUAAUAAUAAUAAUAAUAUAUUAAAUUCUAAUAAUGAAAAUAUGUAUGAUGAUAAUAAAAAUAAGUCAAAUGUAUUAAAUCAAGAUAUUAAGAAAAACAAAAUUUUAGCUAUUCCAAAUUAUGAAGAGAAACAAUAUUAUAUUGUCACCAAUGAAAAUGAGCUAAACAUUUAUAGUAAUUUUAAUGAUCAAAAAGAUAACAUAAAAGAAUUAAAAAAUCAAAAACAAGAAAAACAAAAAAUUUGUGCUAUAACCAAUUUAGAAGGUAAAUAUUUUGACCCCCUAACACAACAAUAUUACAAUAAUGCAGAGGCAUUUAAAAAAUUACGUUUAUAUUAUCAUCAAAUAUCAUACAAUAAUUUAAAUAAGGAUAUAUGUCUAACAGUCAAACAUUUCAAAAACAAAUUAGCCGAAAUAGAACAAUACGUAAAUAGUAAUAAUAAUCAUAAUAGUUGUAAUGAUAUACCUUGUAAUAAUAAUGUGAAACAUUAA